GAUGCUGGUGUUGGCGGCUUUCCUCGGACCUGCCUACAUGCUCUCCUUGAGAUCAUUGAACUGGCAGUACAGGCUACACGUACCCAGGUCCUCCUGCCGCAUUGUGUUGCCCUGCAGUGGGACGCAGCAGUAGCCUGGCAAAUCCUCUACCAUCUAGCCGCCUCACCCGUCACUUCAGUGCCCACACUGCGCUAUCUGCGCGGCAAUCACGACCUGGUGCAGCGGCACCUAACUACUGGUUUGACCAGUGCCUCUCUCCUUCAGGCCACGGCGUCAACUGAAACUACCGUCGGUAACAGUGAAGAUAUCAGCGACACAGCCCGAGGCAAUAUGAAACCGGCGGAGGAAAUGCGAGGCCCCGAGUGGAUGUCAGAUUUCUCCUCCGACGAAUCGAAGCUACUCGAGAGGCUAAUUGUCGCUUGUGAAGAGAACUGCAUCCUCGUUUCGGCCGAGGACCGGCUGAAUCUCGGGUCCUCCCUCAUCAACUCCCCAACCCUGCAUUCCCGCCUUCGAUUCCUCCUUCCACUACUGCAGACCAACUUCAGUGGCUUUCGAUCUAGUCCUGCAGACCUGAGCGACAGCCUCAUCACCGAAGUGGUUGCCUUCGCCCACCGCCGUAAUAUGUAUCGUCUCUGCCUGUCGGCCGGAAAGCAGGCCUGUCUAGAGGGCUGGCGUCAGGUGGCUGAGCUGGGCAUGCACCGCUUCAAGGUCCUUAAUAAAUUGAAUCUGAUGACCAGCCCACCGGUGACCGACGUGCGCACCUCCUCCUCUUCCCUGUUGGAAGUCUCACAAGCCACCGCCUCAACUGCACCACGAGACCAUGUCUUUACAAUUUCAAUGUCUCUACUUUCGUCCAUUCUG